AUGGCUACUCAGACAAUCACGGUCAAGCCUACUCCAACAUGGAUUCCUCUCAAGAUUGAGGGUCAAAUUGCGUCUCCUUACACUACUCCUAAAUUCAAUCUCCGCGUUACCCCACUCCAUCCUACGUUUGGAUGUCGCCUCGACGGCAUAGACUGGAGCAAAGACAUUUCCCCCGAGUUGUAUCAAGAAAUUCGAGAUGUUGUUGACAAGUACGGCGUUGUGGUUUGUCGCAGCACUGGCCUAUCAGAUGAGGCUCACAUCAAAUUUUCUGCUUACUUUGGUGAUCUUGACGACGUGAGACCUUAUCAAAAGGCGGGCAGAGUUCACCGUCUCGCCUAUCCUGAGCUUUUUGAUGCAGGAAACAUUGAUCCUCACACCGGCACUGUUGCUCCACUGACAGCGGCUCAAGUGAUUGGCAACAAGGCUAAUGAGCUUUUCCAUGUUGACUCGUCAUUCAAUGGGCGUCGUGCAGGCCACUCGUUGCUUCUGGCUCAUGUCCUACCCCCCAAGGGCACUGGUGGCGCCACUGAGUUCUCUGAUUCAAGAACGGCAUAUGAUGAUCUGAGCCAGGAGAAGAAGAACCAAAUUGAGAAUCUUGUUGCAAACCACUCCCUAUUCCAUUCUCGAAAGACGGUCAUGCCUGAGUACUUCAAGGGCACGGAUCCGGCCAAGCUCCCACUAAGCAAGCACAAGCUCGCUCAGGUCCACGAAUACAGUAGUCGCAAGAACUUAUACAUUGCUUCUUAUUGUCACAGCAUUGUUGACAUGAAGCCCGAGGAAAGUGACGCACUCCUGAAGGAGCUAAAGGAUCAUGUGGAAAAGCCCUGCUACCGAUUGACCAUUGAUUGGGAAGACAGCGGUGACAUGAUCAUCUGGGACAAUACUUCGGUGAUGCAUCGGGCCACUGGCGGCGCGUACGAGGGCAAACACCCCCGUGAUAUGAGGCGUACCACAGUCAAGGACAUGAGCAGCACUAGGUUUGGGCUUAAUGGAGACGGUGCCGAUUGGCGAGUUGGACUCCCUUAA